GAGCGCAUGCGCGGUGAGAGCGGCCCCCCGACAGACAAGAGUCCCACAACAAGAGAGGGGAAGAGAGAGAGAGAGAGAGAGCGAGAGAGACGCAGAGAGCGCGCGCGGGGCCCGGCGGCCGCUCAGCCACGACAGGACAGGACAGGACAGGACGGGGGGACUGGACGCCAACAGCUCUGAGGUUCUGGCUGAAGUUGUCAGAAAGACCCCUUUACUGCUUAUGCUAAAAGUGAUUUUAUUUAAAAGAUCGUAGACCAUGUCAGUAUGGACUCAGGCCCAGCAGCUUCAGGGCGAAGCUCUGCGUCAGAUGCAGUCCUUGUACGGUCAACACUUUCCAAUUGAAGUUAGGCAUUAUUUGUCCCAGUGGAUCGAAAGCCAAGCAUGGGAUACAAUUGACCUGGAGAAUCCUCAAGAUGAAUUUCGAGCACAAAGGCUGCUUGACACCUUGAUACAGGAACUGCAGAAGAAAGCAGAUCAUCUAAUUGGUGAAGAUAUUUUUGUGUUAAAGUUGAAAUUAGGGAAUUACGCCACUCAAUUAAAGAAUACAUAUGACCGCUGCCCACUGGAAUUAGUUCGAUCGAUCAAACACAUUCUGUACCAUGAGCAGAGACUGAUCAGAGAAGCUACAAAUCCAAGUUCUCCAGUUGGUUUGCUGGACUCCAUGUCUCAGAAACAUCUACAGAUCAACCAGACAUUUGAGGAUCUCCGACGGCUGACUCAGGAUACCGAAAAUGAUCUCCGAAAGCUACAGCAUACCCAGGAGUACUUCAUUAUUCAGUAUCAAGAGAGUCUACGCAUACAAGCUCAGCUUGCCCAACUUGCACAGCUCAGUCCCCAGGACCAGAACCGUAUCUUACGAGAGCAAGGCUUACAGCAGAAGCGAGCAACUGUGGAGACUUGGUUACAGCGAGAAGCCCAGACACUACAGCAAUACAGAUUGGACUUGGCUGAAAAACACCAAAAGACGUUGCAGUUGCUUCGGAAAUUGCAGACAAUUAUUCUAGACGACGAAUUGAUCCAGUGGAAACGACGUCAGCAACUCGCAGGAAAUGGUGGUCAGUCUGAAGGUAGUUUGGACGUGCUACAGUCUUGGUGUGAGAAGCUGGCAGAGACGAUAUGGCAGAAUCGGCAGCAGAUCAGGCGAGCUGAGCAUCAGCGGCAACAGUUACCCAUCCCGGGCCCUGUGGAGGAAUUACUGACGGAGCUCAAUGCAACAAUUACAGACGUAAUAUCUGCACUAGUCACAAGCACCUUUAUUAUUGAGAAGCAACCGCCUCAGGUUUUGAAGACCCAAACUAAGUUUGCAGCCACCGUGCGCUUGCUGGUAGGAGGGAAGCUGAACGUUCACAUGAACCCACCCCAAGUCAAAGCGACCAUCAUCAGCGAGCAGCAAGCCAAGGCUCUUCUGAAGAACGAAAACACGAGAAAUGACAGCAGUGGGGAGAUACUAAACAACUGUUGUGUUAUGGAGUAUCAUCAAGCCACUGGAACCUUAAGUGCCAAUUUCAGGAAUAUGUCUCUGAAACGAAUCAAACGCUCUGAUCGACGUGGGGCCGAAUCGGUAACGGAAGAAAAAUUCACGAUCCUUUUCGAAUCGCAGUUCAGUGUAGGCGGGAAUGAGCUCGUCUUUCAAGUUAAGACUUUGUCACUUCCUGUGGUCGUGAUUGUCCACGGCAGCCAAGACAACAACGCUACUGCCACAGUCCUCUGGGAUAAUGCUUUUGCUGAGCCAGGUCGAGUGCCAUUUGUGGUCCCUGAUAAGGUGCUGUGGCCGCAGUUGUGCGAAGCCCUGAAUAUGAAGUUCAAGGCAGAAGUCCAAAGCAACCGAGGAUUGUCGGAAGAAAACCUGGUGUUUCUGGCUCAGAAAGCGUUCAGCAGUUCAGGCAUCCACGCAGAUGACUACAAUAAUAUGACCAUCUCUUGGUCUCAAUUCAACAGGGAAAGUUUACCGGGUCGAAAUUUCACAUUCUGGCAGUGGUUCGAUGGCGUUAUGGAACUGACAAAAAAGCAUCUCAAGCCUCAUUGGAAUGACGGGGCAAUUUUGGGCUUUGUAAACAAGCAGCAGGCACAGGACAUGCUCCUUUCAAAGCCAAAUGGAACUUUCCUGCUGCGAUUCAGUGACUCUGAGAUUGGAGGGAUUACAAUAGCCUGGGUAGCUGAUAAUCCCAACAAAGCAGGCGAAAGGAUGGUUUGGAAUCUGAUGCCCUACACAACCAAAGAUUUUUCAAUCCGAUCACUAGCGGAUCGAAUUAGUGACCUCAACCAUUUGCUAUACCUGUAUCCAGACAGAGCCAAAGAUGAAGUGUUUUCCAAAUACUAUACUCCACCAUUAUCGAAAGCAGUGGAUGGCUACGUAAAGCCACAGAUCAAGCAGGUCGUUCCAGAAUUUGCUACAGCAUCAUCUGACCCUGCCUCAGCCAGCAGUACAUAUAUGGAACAAGCUGCCUCGCCUGCAGUUUGUCAUCCACCACAGUUUCCCCUCUAUUCACAAAACCAAGACAGUAUGCUUGAUCCUGAUGGCGAGUUUGACCUGGAGGACACGAUGGAUGUUGCUAGACAUGUGGAGGAACUUUUGCGUAGACCAAUGGAUAAUCAAUGGCUCCCUCAUCAACAGACAUGAUUCAUUCCCCCCGCCCACACCACCCUCACACCAACCAGCUCACAGAGAUUAUGGUUUUAUUAUGGAUUAAUCCAGUCCAUAGGUUGCUUUAUUUCCGAAUCAUUCAUAAUGUGAACUGUUAAUAUUGAUUGUGAAUCUAAUAUUUUUGUGCAUGUUGAGGCAUCGCAAGUGUUUUUAAACUGUCUCGUUCGCUUGGAAGAAGGCUGCACUUUUGGAGACUGCAGCGUAUGUAGGUAUUUUCUGUUGUACAAAAUGCAAUUUGCUGUUUGCAUGUUUUUUAUUUACAUUUUUCAGAGA